AUCAUUUGUUUUAUUCGUUUCGCCGAUUCAAUAUAAUCAAUUCCAAAAACCCAUCUCUCUCGCCAAGUAAACCUUUCCUCGGACAGAAAUGUACCUUAUCAUUAUCAGGAUCAAUAUGGAUCGCUCUCGCACGUUCUUCAAAAAAUGAACCAGGUCAUGGUCGCGAAGAGCACAUGUCAGGAACGCCAUUAUAAUGUGCGUUUGACCGGCAGCCACUUGUGCACACUCAAUCGCUAUGAAAUUGGCACUUGCGCGGGUGACAGCGAUGGCUCGCUUAUAUGCAACGGCGCACAGUAUGGUGUUAUUUCCUAUGGUUUUCCUUGCGCUCAAAGCCUGACGUCUAUAUUGAUAUCUAUUUCCAUCUCGAUUAAUUUAUUAAUAAUGCCUAAGAAGACCUGUAAAUGCAAUUCACAAGACCUCUACCUAUUCAACGUAUUGUACGUCAACGCGCUGAAAGUAUAUGCUGCUGUGAUUUCGAAACUAUACGUAACGAUACGUCAACCGCAAUAA